UCUGCUGACAUGAUCCACACACCCCUCUGCAGUCCUAUUCCUCAUUUCCAUUAGCUACGCCUCUUCCUGCAGAUGACACCUGCAGUUUACAGCCAUAUUUUCUUGUGCAGGUUGAUAUCAGUGUCACAUCGUCUGUGUUCUAGCAGUAACCAAUUAAGUCAUGGUGAAGGUGAUAAAAGCCAAACCGCUUUGAAGUGAAUGACGGCCUGGAUUAUCUGAGCUGUUUCCAGAGCUCUCGAUUUACCUGUGCCAAGUGAGGUGUGGCUCUGGCAUUCGGGAUGUAGAGGCUCUGCUGCAAUGUCGGGGGGGGAAGCCAUCAAGUAGAGGAAACUGCUUUAAAUAAGAAGAGGAAAAUUCAAACCUGCACAACCACUUUGACUCCUCCCUGACUUUUGAUAUACACUGGAUUGUAACAUUUAUCAUUUUGUUGUGGAUUUCACUCUGACAACAGUUCUCGGGUUGGGCACCUGACAGGACGCCAGUGAGGAGUUAUUCUAGCUAUGAGGGCACAAUUGAUGUUCAAUGCAAAAGGCUUUGGGCAAUUUGGCUUUUUCGCUUUUGCCUUGGUCUUCACCUCCUUUGUUUCUUUAUAUCUUUACCAAAUAAAGACCUUUGCACCUGUAAAUCAGCGUUCUUUCGGCAGAAGAGUGUUCACACCAAACAUCAGCACAGAUGGUACUCUUAAAUAUGGGGCCCGAUCCGAUGUCAAGACGUCUACACCUUGGAAGGCACCGAUCAUCUGGGAAGGAAUGUUUAACCCCGAACUUUAUGAUGAGGAACACAAGAAACACAUGUCAUCUGUGGCUCUGACUGUGUUUGCUGUGGGCAAAUACCUGGAUGCCUACCUCCACAACUUUCUUGUCUCUGCAGAAGUUCACUUCAUGUCGGGUUUACCGGUGACGUACUACAUAUUUACAGAUUUACCAGAAAGUGUACCAAAAAUGAAGCUGGGUCCACGGCGAAACCUGAAGGUAAUCAAAGUGGAAAAGUACUCCAGGUGGCAGGACAUCUCUAUGAUGCGUAUGAAGUUCAUCUCUGAGCUCAUAGACACAGAGAUCAGUUACCAUUUCCCUUAUGUCUAUUGCUUAGAUGUUGAUCAGGUAUUUAAGGCACGAUUUGGCUCAGAAGCUCUGGGUGAAUCUGUUGCUAUGCUACACUCCUACUUCUACGAUCGUCCAGAAAGCGCAUUCACCUAUGACAAGAAUCCAAAGUCCAAAGCCUACAUGACAACAGGGGAUUUCUACUAUCACGCAGCUGUCUUUGGAGGCUCAUGGCAAAAUGUGAAGGCUUUGGUUGAUGAGUGCUACCUGGGCAUCAUGGAGGACAAAUUAAAUGGCGUUGAGGCUCUGUGGCAUGAUGAGAGUCACCUGAACAAGUUCUUCUGGGUUAAUAAACCAACCCGGCUGCUCUCCCCUGAGUACUGCUGGGAUGAGAAAAUUGGAGGGAGGUCGGAGAUAAAAAUAAUGCGGCUGAUUUGGGCAGAAAAACAUUAUGAUACACUGCGCACCUAGUGCUUGUAAAGUUUUGUUCUUCCAUUAUAUAUUGGACUUCCAGAAAAGGUGGUAUGUGGUGGAAAAUGUGAAUAAAAACAGACUUUAAUGAACUAUAAAUUUUAUAAUAUAUUUUCAUUAAAUUUUAAUGUAAAAAUGUUU